AUGGAUAAAAGGCCCCAUCAACUGAACCUACCCUCGGGUGGACUGGAUCCCAAAAGGCUAAAGCCUAGGAAGACCACAUACUUUUUCCAGCCACAAAACACGCUCUCUUACAACCCCAAGAAGAGGCCCGAGGAUGAUAGAACGGCGAAUGGAGCGACAGAGACCCCGAAGAAAGCCAGCGGGUCCUCUUUUGAAGUUCCAGAAAGGCCAGCAGUACUAAAUAUCAAAGGUCUACCUGAACAGAGUUCUGACGACAGCUUCGAAGGCGUCCGAUGGCGUGGAGGAGUAAGCCCAAGGCGUCAAGUUGAUACCAAAUGCAUCCUUUCUUCCCCAUUGAGAGGCAGUGAAAGAACAAAGACGCGAGCAGAUGACACAGAUGGUGUGAACACGGCCACAUUGAACAACGAAGUCACUGACUCGGUCCUUUCUAAGUAUGGGUUAGGAUUUGAAAGCGUUCUCUCACAAACACCACAAGUCCAGGCCCAAUCCCUGUCUAAACAAGCAUAUAUUAGCAUAAGUCCCACAUUAUCUCGGUCCAAACUGUUUGAUCCGAAAUCCAUUGCAUCUGUUACUGAUACCUUCAGUACACCCUCGCUAUCGAGGCUAAAUACAUGGAUCGACCGGUUUGCAACCAAUCUGGGCAGAUCAUCCCCUGAAACCACAUCAAUUAAGGACACUUCCGCAAAAGAAAUGAUAGACGCGAAAGAAGACACAGAUGAUGAGGACCCCUUCUCUGAUGAUGAUUCGGUAUUGGCCACAUUAAACGUGCAGCAAUUUUCAACCGCUGUGGCUACCCAACAACGCUUGCAAGAUAACAAGAAUGAGGAUGAAAACGGUGACAGCUUUGAAAACAAGACCUUAGAAGAGUCUGAUCCAUUUUCGGAUGAUAUCAAUAUUGAGGAGCUCGAAAAGAAGACCACUACUACUCAAGAUAAUAAGAAUUCCCUGAAAGAAGAAAUGAUGCUUCAGAAGCUUUUGGCAUCAAACUUACACACUGAAGACGUUAUUGGGGCGAAGAUGUCAUUCUCGCGGUCAGAUUUCGUUCGUUAUCAGAUUGUCUCCGUGCUUCACGGCUCAUUCACAGUUCUGAACUUUAAAAAGAAGCAGAUCAUUCUAACUGUGAAGGAUAGAGAUAAUGCUGAGAGCAAAAUCAUAGUGCGAGGUGACUCGGCAGAACUCUCGCUAGCGAAGGACGACAUCAUCCACAUUAUCUUGACUUCUCCUGACACUCCAAGGCUUGUUGAUAAUGCUCACAAUUUGCUUAUCUGGAAUCCGGACGUGUUGGUUACGUCGACCGUUGUGGCCGACCAACUCUUUUGUCCGAGAAAGACUGUCAUAAUGAAGCGAUUCAAGUUCCCCGGCGAAGCUACCAUGCCUCUCUUGAUAGGAACAAUCGUUCAUGAGAUAUUUCAAACGUGCUUUCUUGCUGAAAAAUUUGAUCAAGCAUUUUUAGAAGAGCUUUUAGAGAACGAGAUCAGAGGACGUCUCAUUGAAAUUUAUACCUUGGGCGAUGUUGUUUCAGAUUUGAAGAACAAAAUACGGGAACAUCUCCCAAGAAAGCGUGUGGUCCCCAUGUUUGGAAUGAAAGGUAAUGUGGACGUCACUCUUAAAGCCAAUCUCCAGGGAGGCCAUAGUUCAUCGCAAGUUCUUCUUCCCAUGGAGAUCAAGACAAGCGGACAAUAUCUCAGCCACCAAGCACAAGCUGCAUUAUAUUCCCUUCUAUUCAAGGAUAGGUAUAACUUUGAUAUAUCCUCAUUCCUCUUGGUUUAUACACUGGAUGAAGGGCUGACCAAGAAGCAUGACAUUUCGGUGCCAGACUUAAAGUCUCUAGUUCAUCUUCGGAAUCAGAUCUCCCUUUUCUUGAAAAGCGGCCAAAAAGAGCUACCUGAUCUCAUGCGCCAGCAAAAAUGUGAUAAAUGUAUGAUUCAACAGGCUUGCAUGACGAUUAACCAUAUGACUGAAGAUGGGACAGCAGAAGAUAGCGGUCUAAAUGAGGGCGUGUACGAGGAAUUGACCAGGCAUCUUGAGGGCAAACCACACUAUGCCUCGUACUACAAAUAUUGGAACGAGCUUUUAACUCAGGAGGAGCAAUUCCUAGAUAAAUUCAAUCGGGACCUAUGGGUUUACACUGCUCAAGAACGAGAAGCGGAACAGGGGAAAGCGAUAUCCGAUUUGAUCAUAUCUUCACAGAAAAAUUCCCGUGACGAUGGGUUGCUUUAUUAUACCUUUAUAACUAAACAUGAUAAAGUUGUUAUCAGCGAUGAUCAGGGUAGAUUCGCUCUUGCUCAAGGUUUUGUCCAAGAAGUAUGGCCAGACUCAAUUACCAUUUCUAGUCGAAGAAGAAUUAUUCCCACCUCACUGAAGACGGACAAGUUUCACAGAGCCAACGUCUUGAAGCUGAGUCAAACCCACUCCCAAGCUGAUGUUUCGACUGUGGUAUUUCGUCUUGAUAAGGAUGAAAUGUUUUAUGGAAUGGGUGUGGCAAGGUUCAACGUGCUUAACUUAUUUCUAGAAUCUGGUGAUGCCAGAAGGAGGAAGUUAAUUGUCGACUCGACUCCUCCAAAGUUUCUUGACUCAUGCCAACCGUUUGAGGGUCAGGGCACGGAAUUCAACGAAGACCAGGAGCGUGCAAUUCAGAAAGUCCUCAAAAGUGAAGACUAUUCAUUAAUUCUUGGAAUGCCCGGUACGGGAAAGACUACUGUAAUUGCACAUCUUAUCAAGAUGCUCAGCAACCAAGGUAAGACUGUAUUGCUCUCGUCAUAUACCAACUCGGCUGUGGAUAACAUUCUUUUGAAAAUGAAAGACCUUGGGGUAGACUUCCUUCGAAUCGGGAACCCUUCACGAGUGCAUCCCGAGAUAAAGCAGUAUGUCCCAGGAUCGAAAGAUUGCCCAGUGGAGUGUUUUGAUGACUUCGAACUUGUUUACAGAGGACCGUCAGUAGUUGCGGCGACCUGUUUGAGUAUCCGAGAUUUUGCCUUUAAUAUCCGUGACCACUUUGACUACUGUAUCAUCGACGAGUCCUCCCAGGUGUCGCUACCACUCUCAUUGGGCCCCUUGGCGUUCUGUGAUAAGUUUGUUCUUGUUGGAGAUCAUUAUCAGCUUCCACCAUUGGUAAUCAGUUCAAACCCGGAAGUGAAAAGCGGAUUAUCAAGAUCCCUUUUCCAAACUCUUGCUGAAGAUCACCCAGAGAGUGUGAGCGAAUUGACCUACCAGUAUAGAAUGUGUGAGGACAUCAUGUAUCUCUCCAAUGCCUUGAUUUACGAUGGAAGGUUGAAAUGCGGUUCUACCGAAGUAGCAUGUCAAUCGUUAACGUUACCUAACAAGGACGGUUUGUUGACGGGUUUGAAGAAUGAGGUAGCCCCAAAGAAUGAUUGGCUCAAGCAUGCCUUGAACGAGGAUACAAAAUGUCUCUUCCUCAAUCACGAUCCACUUAACGCUUAUGAGACGGUAACGGGAGAAAACGUGACCAACCUUACGGAGGUGGCAUUGAUACGGGAAACAGUUGAAGGUCUCUGUGCUUCUGGUGUGAAGGAAAAGAGCAUAGGUGUCAUGACAUUGUAUCGUUCUCAAUUGAAGGUUCUUACAAAUGCCUUCAAACACAGACCUUCAUUAGAAAUUCUCACUGCCGAUAGAUUUCAGGGACGUGAUAAAGAUUGCAUUAUUAUAUCCCUCGUCAGAUCCAAUAAGGAACGCAAGGCAGGUGAUUUAGUGAAAGACUGGAGGAGGAUGAAUGUGGCACUUACUCGUGCACGAUCGAAGCUUCUCGUUUUCGGGUCUAUCUCCACCCUUUCCAACACAGCUACCAUAUGUGAUUUCAUAAAACUUUUUAAGCAAAAAGGUUGGGUCACUCAUCUUCCUCAGAAUGCAACGAAGAUGUAUGAUUUUGAUGUUGGCAACAGGACGGGAUCCGAGAACAAGACCGAGAAGAAAAGCAAAGUGAAAAAGUUGGGCAGCAAGACAUUAGAAAAGCACCCGGUUGCCAGAGAUAUUUUGCAGGACAUGAACGUGAACGUUUGUCGAGGUUAA